AUCUGGCUAAGUACAUUAUGAUGGUUUAUUCUUAUGAUUCAAAUAUUUUUAUAAUUGUUAGGAAAAAAAGAUCUAGAGCAAGGCCACUGGCCACUUGUGCAAGUCAAUAAGUGCUUGAACCCCACGUGUAAACUCUGUUUUUCUCUAUCUAUUUUCUCUCUCUAUUUUAUCUAUCUUGUCCUCUCCUCUGUUUAUAAUCAGCAAGAUUUCUUUUUGUUUAUUAGAAGAUUUUUGGAAAAUUAAUAUAUAAAGAGAGGAGAAAUUAAGCGUAAGAGUGGUGGCGGGGGAAAAUAAAAGCAUGGAAGAAGGACUUCUUCGGCAUGAAAACGACAGAGAUGAUCGUCGUAUCACAGCUUGUGUUAUCCUCAGCACUUUUGUUGCUGUUUGUAGUUCCUUCAGCUAUGGAUGUGCUGUGAGUUUCUUAAUUUCUCUCUCUACUCUUUUUUGCCAUCACCACAGAUUUUUAUCGGAUGUUCCCGAAGGGACUUUUUCACCCAUUAUCCAUCCAUCACCACAUAUAUUUUGAUCAAAUUGUAUUGAAGAUAAUGAUUAAUCUUAGCUAUACAUGCAACAGUCACUCGGAUUUCCGACCAAUGGAAUGGUUAUACUUCCGGCGCUGAAACUGCAAUCAUGAAAGAGUUAGACCUUUCUAUGGCACAAUUUUCAGCGUUUGGUUCCUUUUUGAACUUGGGAGGUGCGGUGGGAGCUUUGUUUAGCGGUCAAUUAGCAGUCAUCCUUGGCAGAAGACGAACGUUGUGGGCAUGCGAUUUGUUCUGCAUUUUUGGUUGGCUCUCCAUUGCUUUUGCAAAGAAUGUCUUGUGGCUGGACUUGGGAAGAAUUUCUUUAGGCAUCGGAGUGGGCUUGACUAGCUACGUGGUCCCUGUCUAUAUUGCGGAAAUCACUCCUAAACAUGUUCGUGGCGCAUUUUCUGCUUCAACCCUGCUUCUUCAAAACAGUGGAAUUUCUCUGAUUUAUUUUUUCGGAACUGUAAUUAAUUGGCGGGUUCUGGCUGUUAUAGGUGCUCUUCCAUGUUUCAUUCCAGUGAUCGGUAUAUAUUUCAUACCGGAAUCACCAAGAUGGUUGGCUAAAAUCGGUUCAGUUAAAGAAGUAGAAAACUCUCUGCAUCGCCUUAGAGGGAAAGAUGCUGAUGUUUCAGAUGAAGCCGCUGAAAUUCAGGUUAUGACAAAAAUGCUUGAAGAAGAUUCAAAGUCCAGUUUUUGUGACAUGUUUCAGAAGAAGUAUAGACGAACUCUAGUGGUUGGAAUUGGUUUAAUGUUGAUACAACAAUUAUCUGGAGCUAGCGGUAUCACAUAUUAUUCAAAUGCCAUAUUUAGAAAAGCUGGCUUUUCAGAGAGACUUGGAUCAAUGAUAUUUGGUGUGUUCGUGAUCCCAAAAGCUUUGGUUGGUCUGAUUCUUGUGGAUAGAUGGGGAAGACGACCACUCCUAUUGGCUUCUGCUGUUGGAAUGUCUAUCGGAUCCUUGCUUAUUGGGGUUAGCUUCACGUUACAGGAAAUGAAUCUGUUUCCUGAAUUUAUUCCAGUUUUCGUCUUCAUAAAUAUUCUGGUCUACUUUGGAUUUUUUGCAAUCGGUAUAGGAGGGCUACCUUGGAUCAUUAUGUCUGAGAUAUUUCCGAUAAAUAUAAAAGUUUCAGCAGGGUCAAUCGUUGCAUUAACAUCGUGGACCACUGGGUGGUUCGUUAGUUAUGGUUUCAACUUUAUGUUUGAAUGGAGCGCACAAGGAACCUUUUACAUAUUUGCGAUGGUGGGGGGAUUGUCAUUGCUUUUUAUAUGGAUGCUCGUGCCGGAAACCAAAGGACAGUCGCUUGAAGAAUUGCAAGCAUCCCUUACGGGGACAACCUAAAUACACAUUUACAUCUAUUGGCAGUGUCUUUGCAAACAUUAUUUACAUAAUAAAGUACACAACCUGCUCUUCAUAGUGAUUGAUGUGUAAACCUUUUCCUUGCGAACAUUGUCGUAUAUAUCCUAGCUAUAUUUUUUCCAUAAUGAAUGUUACAUAAAUUUAAAUAAAACAAAACACGACAUACGCUUUGUCAUA